UUAGAGUUGCGAGGCCGGAGUGUGAGGAGGCGGCCCAGGCAGGCCUAGAGGCGCGCACGUGCUCCCAGAGUGUGUUGUGUGAGUGUGUGUGUGUGUGAGCCCGGCCGACGACAAGCAGACCGUGCCCCUCUUUGGGCCGUGCGAAGCUCAGCACACAGCGCCGCCGCCCGUCGCCGCCGGCCGCGCGCGUCCCUCCGCGACGCCCCCCUGCUGCCGGCCGCGCGCCCGCCGGGGCCGGAGCGCCGACAACACCUCUCGCCGGUGCAGCAGCAGCAGCAGCAGCAGCAGCAGCAGCAGCAGCAGCACAGGGCCCCGCCAGCUACCGCGACCCUGCCAGCAUCGCCGUAGCACCAGCAGCAGUAGCAGUAGGCCAGAGGCAACCACCAGGCGGCCGUCCCGGAUGAAGCGCGCCCUAGUGCUGCAGUGCUGUGCGUGCUGCGCCUGGUCCCCGCCGCGGCCCCCGCCCCCAGUGGUGCCGCCCCCGGCGCUGCCGCCCCCGCUGGUCCCGGAUGCAGCGGCGGCACGCCCCCUAUGAUGGACGUUGCCUCUGGCAUGGACUAUGUGUACGAGGAUGUGUUCAAGGAAAUCACGCGCAAGCUGUACGUGGACGCAGUGACCAUGCAGCAGCAACCCAACGGCCAGGGCGCUAACGGCCAGAGCGUCAUCGCUGGCGUCUUCAACGGCGUCAUCAAUGAGGCCAUCGUCGUCAACGGCAAGAUGGCCGACUUCGCCGAGGCCUUCAAGCAGCAGCAGCAACAGCAGCUGUCGCCGGAGCAGCAGCAGCCGUCGCCACCGCAGGUCGAGGCCGCGGGUGUGAUCGUGGAGGCCGCCACCGCCACGACGGUGUACCUCCAGGACCAGUUCCAGACCGAAACGGAUGCCGCCACCGCCGCCCUGGUGGUCGGCGAGGGCGGGGCCCUGACGGAGGCCGAGGCCGCCGCCAUGGCCGUGGACACGUUUGACGGCCAGCAGGUGGCCGGAGCCCAGCACCUAGAGGAGGACGAGGCCUCCGCCGGGCCGGGACAGGCCCAGGCCGGCGAGGGGGAGGUGGACCCCAACGCCCCGGACACGUGGUUCAUGACGGACGAGUCGCUCGAAUGGACAGACUCCAAGAUCGCGAGCUACAACCCCAAGCAGAAGCUGUUCCGCUGCAUCGACUGCGAGUGCUGCGGCUUCCUGGCGCGGGUCGCGGAGCACUGGCUCGGCACGCACGCCAACCUGCGCGUCUUCCAGUGCCCCCACUGCCCGUACGCCUCCGCCUGGGCGCGCUGCGUGCGCAUGCACCUGGCGCGGCAGCACAACGCGAGUGAACAGAACGCGCUCUGGACAGAGAACCCCGUGCUCGGCGAGGUCACCAAGUACCUCAGCCGGCUGAGGGCGCGCGUCGAGGCGGGACCCAUCGUCAUGGUCAACGAGGACGAGCUGGUGGAGGACGAGCAGCAGCAGCUCGAGCUGGAGCAGCACGAGCAGCAGCUGCAAGAGCAGCAGCUCCGAGAGCAGCAGCUGCUCGAGCAGCAGUUGCACGAGCAGCAGCUGCGGGAGCAGCAGAUGCACGAGCAGCAGCUGCAGCAGCAGCUCCAGCAGCAGGCGGCCGCGCAGGCCGCGGCGCUGGGCGUGGCGACGGGCUCGCCGACACAGACUGAGCAGUACACCCUGGUGACGACGGCCGGCGUCGAGUCCGUCGUCAUCUCGGCGAGCGCGCUCCAGCAGGCGCAGGCCCUCGUCGGCCUCCCCUCCUCCACGGUCGCGGCGGCGCAGCCGGCCGCGCAGCCCGCGCGACCCCGGAACCGCGGCAAGGGCGGCGGCCCGCGCAGGGUCAACAAGAGCAUCGCGGUGGCGGCCGCAGUGGCAGCGGCCGCCGCAAGGGGCGACAACCCGGACCAAGCCGCGUCAGCAGGUACUGCAACGGGGGAGGUCACGCUCCACAGCGUUGUUACUCGCGUUGUUUGAUGUGUUUGGUUUUGUUGUUUUUGUUCUUUUGUUUGUUGGGUGGUAUCUUUUUUUUCCUUCUUGAACCUUCUGUCUAGUAGAUGGGAUUACAUAGCACAGUCAGAGACUAUACCGUCGUUAUUGUUGCACUUUGUAUUUAAGACAUGUACGACUGCAGCGCAAAACAGAAUAUGUGUGUAUUGAUUGAGAUGCCGCUUCUGUAAUGUGUGUUCUUUAUACGUCUUCUUGACUUCUUUCCGUUGAAGGGUACACCCUCUGCUAACUUUUAUUUACUUUGAAUAGGCUUUCUGGAGAGUGUAUUUCGUGUAUGUGCUGAUAUCGUUGAUCUCUAUUGUGUACAAUCAUCGUUUAAUUUGCUAAUCAUAUAUGUUGUUGGCGUGUAUUGUAGAAUUUGGGGUUAUAUGACUUAUUUGAGGCGCAAUACGUGUCUUCUUCGCUGAUUUUUUUCGUGUGCAGUAUCUAUUUGUUUUGGCUUUAAUUGCAUGACGAGACUGUGGGUUUUGGUGAUGGUACACUUCCUACUAAUAUGCCUACUAAUGCCUUAAACUCCAACUGCUGCAUGAACCACUGUGACUUUCCAUGAUGAGGUGGAGGUUUAGUCUGAAUCUAAUCCUUUCUUCGUAAUAUAGAAUGCAGCUGCAAUCCGAAACUUGCGAUCAUUUUGACCAAAUCGACC